AUGUGGCUAAUUAAUUGCUCCAACUACGCCCUCGAGAGGUUCGACAGCGCACCGCAUGGCUUGUACUUGAUCCUCUCUCACACCUGGGGCGACGGAGAGGUCACGUUUGGAGACAUAGCCAACCUAGAACAAGCCCGCAAAAUGAAGGGCUUCCAGAAGAUACGGGGCGUCUGCAAAGUUGCACGCAGCCGGGGCUUCUCACAUGCGUGGGUCGACACGUGCUGUAUCGACAAGACCAGCAGCGCCGAGCUGUCUGAGUCGAUCAACUCCAUGUUCCAUUGGUACCGGAGCGCCGCCGUCUGCAUUGCCUUGCUCGAGGACCUGGACGGCGGGGGCGGCGACGGCGACGGCCUGGCCACCGAAGAGCAGCUCCGUCCCUGCCGGUGGUUCACGCGCGGGUGGACAUUGCAGGAGAUGAUCGCCCCGGUCUUUGUCGAGUUCUACGACAAGCGAUGGAAGCUGCGCGGCACCAAGGGCCAGCUGAUCUCGCCCCUGCAUGCCAUCACCAGGAUCGAUGAAGACGUGCUGAAUGGCGCCGCCGACCCGCUGUCCCUGCAGAGCGUGGCCGCGGCACGCAGGAUGUCGUGGGCCGCAGACCGCACAACAACGCGCGUCGAGGACCUGGCUUACUGCCUCAUGGGCAUUUUCGGGCUCAACAUGCCACUGCUAUACGGCGAGGGGCCCAAGGCGUUUCAGCGCCUCCAGGAGAUGAUUGUGCGGACGAGCGGCGACAUGUCCGUGUUCGCGUGGCACGAUCCGUUCGAAGCAUUCGCGCUCGGGGGCUCCUCGUUCCGUGGCUUGUUUGCCGCGCACCCCUCGCAGUUCCGCAGCUGCACUACUAUCGAGACCAUCCACGACCCCGUCAUCCCGGCACCGUCCAUCGCCGUCACGAAUGCUGGCAUCGAGUUC